AUGUUCCAGAUCCUCACAAUACUGUUGCUGGAAACACAGCUCUCCAUGGUUUCAGCUUUAUUUAUAGUUGAAGUUCCUCAACAGCUCUACACUGCAGAGUAUGGGAACAAUGUGACCAUGGAAUGCAGAUUUCCUGUGAAUGGCUCAGUAAAUCUAGGACUCCUGACUGUUGUUUGGGAGCAGAAAAGGCAAGGCUGGUUGAAAUCAAAAGAGGUAUACACAUUCCGCAAUGGGAAGGCACUCCAUCCAUCCCAACAUCCUGAUUAUACAGGAAGAGCAUCACUUCUGCACAGUGAACUGAAGGCUGGACGAGCCAUCCUUCAGAUCACCAAUGUGAAGAUCACAGAUGCAGGAUCAUACCUUUGUCUCAUUGACUACCAGGGUGUGGACUAUAAGUACAUUGCUUUGAAAGUAAAAGCACCUUACAAGAGAAUAAACACUCAAUUAAUGAGAAUACCAGGUGAAGACAAGUUUGUUUUUAUGUGCCAGUCAGAAGGCUUUCCUCUGGCAGAGGUUUUCUGGCAAAAUGAGAACUUCAAUCUCAGUGGACCUGUAAAUACCACCUAUACACUGACUGCAGAUGGCCUCUACAAUGUCACCAGCAUCCUGAUAUUCAAACCAAAUAUGAAUGACAACUACACCUGUAUCUUCUGGAAUAAAGAACUGAAUGGAGAAACUUCAGCUCACAUUUCCACUUUAGCUUUAAUGAGUACACAGUAUAGUGGACAAAAAUUCCUGAUCUCUUUAAUCAUCCCCACAUGUGUGACUGUAGCUGUCCUUCUCUCUGUAAUAAUAAUUUUUCAGAAGAGAAAAUCAUUCAGGAAUGAGCAACCUUUAACAGACAGGAAAAGAAAACUGAACCCUAAUGCAAAGGAUGAGAACAGUGAUGAUUUUAACUCUUAGACUGAGGCUUUAUACUUGUCAACUGUCACAGCUUCAAGAGAGAGUGGGAGUGUGGGUCUGUGAAAAUUCUUCAUCUUUCAUGCCAUAUUUUGCACUUUUUCAAUCUCUUUUUGGGGACUUCAAAAGAAAAUUACAGCACUUUAGGCUUGGGAUAAACACUGAACACAUGGGGAUGUAUUUGCACUGCAGCGAUAGAAAGCUAUACCUCCUCAGCGUAUCUCCUUGAAGUUACUGAGAACUAAGCUGUCAUGAAAUGUGGUUUACCACUGUGGAGAGGUCAUCUGAGCGCCUUUAAUACACUUUACUCUUGGAUUUACUGUUGCUCAAGGGAUUUUUGUUUAAGAAUGCCUUUAUUAAUUGUUU